AUGGAGGACGAAAAGAGCGCAAAGGUCAAGAAGAAGAGCGCCACACAUCGCAAGUCAUUGUCCUGUGAAUACUGCAGUCGCUCUUUCGCCCGUCUGGAGCAUCUCCAACGCCAUCUCCGCACCCAUACCAAGGAGAAGCCGUUUUCAUGUGACAUUUGUUCCAAGUCCUUUGCGCGCAGUGAUUUGCUGGUACGACAUGAGCGAUUGGUACAUCCUGCAGAAGCGGCAGCAGGUCGCGACCAUCGUGCGCAAAAUGGUGACAACCAACCUCACGAGGUUCCACUUCAGUCCACAAUAAUUCAACCUACCCCCCACCACCAUGAGUCUCGAAUGCUCGAGCUCGCCGAUGCCAUCCCAGUCCACACCCAAAUACCACACCCUUCCACUGAGGUGCAGAUACAGCCGCCCUCAAUUGUCGAAACAGCUCACUUCAAUCCCUCCUGGGGUUAUGACUUGAACCUCUUGUCGCAUGCAGCUAGCCAUGUCGCACUAGAGGGUCAACAGGAGAACCUGGAAUCUUUACGAAAGCAAUCUCAAGCGGUCGGCGCACCAUCUCAAUCCCUUCCACAGGCACCAGAGAGGGGUAUCACCGACAAUUAUGGCGUCGAGCCAUCCAUGCUCGACCUAACAGAUCUGGGUGAUCCUGUCCAGGACUUCACGGUUUUUCUUGAGAGCGUCGGCUUAUCAUCGGAUUGGGAUUCUGGAGUCUUUUCGUCCGUAGAGGACUCCAUGCUCCCUCCAGGUUUAACAGUGGACUCAAAGUCACAUGGACGAGAAGCUGCGCCGACUUCGUCGUCUAGAUUGGGUGUCGAUCUGAUGAGCGAUCCCCGCGGGCCAGCCGACGAACAACCGUCAUUUUCCAAUUUCGGAUCCAGGCUGCCGUCUCUGCAGCCCGAGUCUCAUGAGAUUGAGGAUCGCAUUGGUCUCUCUGAUGAGGGCUCUCGACCCGCGUGGGACAUAAGCAAUACCGAUCGGCAAAUUUUCGUUCAAAAACUGGAAGAGUUUUCCUACGUUCUGCCCAAGGGAUUUGUUCCUCCCUCUCGGCACACUCUCUCCCGCUUUUUCGCGGGCUAUAUCAAUGGGCUGAAUGAACAUCUACCAUUCAUUCAUGUACCAACAUUGUCGAUCGCUAAAUGGUCCCCGGAGCUCACGCUAGCGACCGCCGCUGCUGGGUCGCACUAUCGCUUCGAGAAUGGCAGAGGCAUUGAUCUAUUUCAUGCGGCCAAAGCCAUCCUCCUGGAGCGACUUCGCCGGAGGGAUAGUCGGCAGGUACCGUAUCCAUCGUGGAACUACAUUUCACCUCCCUCGGGCUUUCCUAAUUCACGGGGAUCAUCCAUGCUCUCAAAUACCACAAGCAGCCCAUUCCAAAACCAGCAUAUCCAAAACACUCCUAUGAACCAAUCCAUCUAUACCCUUGAUGAUUCGGAUGCGCACAUGGAAGUGAUCCGGACUUUCCUACUACUUACAGUCUUCGCGUCUUGGGAGCGACAUCCCGAGUUGUUACGAGAGAUCCUUUCGCUGCAGAGUACACUAGCAAGGCUUGUCCGCGAACAUGGCUUGUCAGAACCACCUACAACGCCCGAUCCCAUCAGCUGGGAGGAAUGGGUGCGAAGAGAGGGUAGUCGCCGGACAAAACUCAUAGUUUACUGCUUUUUUAAUCUUCAUUCCAUCAUGUACAACAUUCCUCCAAUGAUUCUGAAUGGGGAGCUCAAGCUGCAUAUGCCAAGCUCACAUGAUCUUUGGAAGGCCACCAACGCCGCUCAAUGGCGGCGUGUCCAACGAAUCCGUCAAGGGACCGAGGUUCCUUUCCAAGAUGCGUUUGCCCGCCUUUUCCUCAAGUUCUCAAAUCCGCCAGCGUCCACCCCAAUCUCUCCGUUGGGCAACUACAUCCUCAUCCAUGCCAUCAUCCAACAGAUUUUCUUUGCGCGGCAGCUGUGUCUCUCGGCCCCGAGCAUGCACGGGACCAGUCUGCGACAGGAGGAUCUCAAUGUCCUCGAUAAUUCAUUGAGCGCCUGGAAAGCGCUCUGGAAACGAACACCUGAAUCGAGUAUUGAUCCGCAGAACCCGGCAGGCCCCAUUGCGUUCACCUCCACCGCGCUGCUCGGCCUUGCAUAUAUCCGCCUUCAUGUCGAUCUCGGGCCCUGUCGCCAUUUGGUCAGCCAGGACCCUCAGCAGAUUGCCCAUGCUCUGAAUGAGUCUCCGCCACUCGUUCGCCACCCUCGGCUCAUCAUGGCUUUGUUGCAUUCGGCCCACGCUCUUUCAAUCCCGGUUCGCCUCGGCAUAGACUUUGUUGCGCGAACGCACUCGUUCUUCUGGAGCAUACAGCACUCACUCUGUAGCCUGGAAUGCGCCUUCCUUCUCAGCCGCUGGUUGCUCGCCAUUCCUCUAACGCAGUCCGAGCAGCGGCUCUCCGAACAUGAACGGAAACUUUUACUCUGGAUCAAGAGCAUGAUGGAUGAGACAGAGAUGGCUGUAGAUCCCCCCGGGGCGCCAGAUCUGGACUUUAUGGCCAAUCCUUACAAAGUGCGACAACUGAGCGUCGCAAUUGUACGCGUCUGGGCUCGGACAUUCAAGGGCAACACCAGUUGGGCCGUGGUGGAUCUGGUGGGCUCUAGCCUGGAUGCAUAUGCAGAUCUCCUUGAGGGUUGGCCUGCAUCGUAA